AUGUCAGAAACUGCAAAAACUGACCAGAGCAGUUCAAAGAACAUUUAUGGUGACCCACCAAAGAUUAAUAUUAGUCUUCCAGAGAUAAAUGAACUAACCCAGAAUUCUAAACGCUGGAAGGAUGUUCAACUCCCAAUUGACAUUCUGUUGUUAACAGUGAAGGACUGUGAGUUCUUAAGCUGCUACUAUUACAUUGCUGGUCCAUUCAGAAGCUAUUUUAAAGGGAUUGGUCAUGUAUACUUUGGGAGCAUUGGUGGAGACCAGGAUGUUAAACUGACAGUUGCUUUGAUGAAAUGCUCAGAGGGUUCUAAAGUUCCUGGAGGUGCUUUGACUGUUGUAAAAAAUGCUGUUAGUCAUCUGAGGCCAAAAGCUGUCUUUUCUGUGGGCCACUGUAGUGGUAUGAAUCAGGAAUCAACAAAGCUGGGGGAUGUGGUUGUAUCAGAAAAGCUCACAACCUAUUCCUGUCAGAAGGUUAGAAAGGAUGGAAAGAAAUUUUCUGGGUUCACAACUCCUGUAAGCAGAAACACAGCUGAACUCAUUAAAUGUGCUGGUGAUGGUUGGAAUCCACCUUUACAAAAUCCUAAAAAAAGGAAAGUUGAACUCCACUGUGGUGAGGUUUUGAGUGGUUCUGAGCCCUUACAAGCUGAGUGGCGAAGAGACGAACUAGUGAAGUCAUUUCCCGAAGCAAUUGCAAUUGAAACAGAAGGAGAGGGUAAGGUCUAUUUUUCCUUUGAAGUAACUAUUAGUGUAAAAUCUGCUCAAAGAGAUAUUUGCAUAUAUUUGUAUCCUGAAACAGAGAGAGUUGAUACUUAUGUGGUGGGUAAGCUUUUCUACCAGUGUCAAGAGAUGCACUGGCUUGUGUGUGAACAUACUCAACUUCAGAUCAAGAGGUCUUGUUUCAAGCCCUGGGCUAAAAUGAUUGUGUUGUAGUCUUGGCUGGGAGGCUCUACUCUCACAGUGCAUCUCCACACCCAGGAGUAUAGAUGGCUACUGAUGAACUGACCAGUAUUUCAUAUGCAUGUGGAGGGAGUAAGGGUACAGUCUUAGUGGCUGAAUGGUAUGGGACCUGGGAGAAGCUUGUGCUACAGGGAUUAGCUCUGCACUUAUAGUAUAUGUAAGGUGACUUUCCAAAAUAUAUCUCUAGUUCCUUACAAAUCUAUGAUAACAAUGAUAACAAUGGGAGAGGUUAAAAUCAAUAGAUGUUGGAGCAAAUUUGUUGUUUUAUUCAUAAAAGCUUGUUAUUUUUGUUUCAGAAAUUUUCAGUGCAGCACACGAUCUGAAAAUGGAGUGGGUUGCCGUCAAGGGUAUUUCAGGAUAUGCAGAUGGAACUGAAACAAAAGAAAACUGGCAAACAUUUGCAAGUGUAACAGCAGCUUCUCUUGUUGUCAACAUUCUAAACCAGUGCAGUAUUUUUGAAGAUUGGCCACAUUACAAAGGUAAACAGAUCAACUUUGGUCUUUGCAGUCACUAGCUAGUCUUGUAUGCUGUUUAGUUUUAAUUUUUUAUAAAUGAGUUGCAACCGAAUUACCAAAACUGAAUUAAAAACAUGAUUAAUGACCUAUAAUCAUGCGUGACCAAUCAGAACAGCUCUUGCAUCACAAAAUUAAUGUUACCUGUUUGUCAGCAAUUUCACAGCCUCUGCUUAUUUAUGGGAUGCUUUCAAGCUUUUGAUAGCAUUUUCGCUCUGGGAAGAAGACCACCGACCCCCUAAUAAUACACUUAGAAACUCCUGCCCUACCCCUCUUCUUCCCCCUCCAGCCCAACUCCCAUUUUAUGAACCACACACAACCCACAUUCCCCUAAUCGGUCCGACGAAGUGCUAACAAUUGAAACACCAGCUUUAGAAAUUCUUCACGAAGGCCAAUUUACAUUAUCAACCCAGUUAAUAAAACCAAUUUAUCAUUGCUAACUGAACAUUUGAUUCACAUUUCUUAAUAGUAGUAAGAGUAAUCCUAUGAUAAACUCCUGUUAGAAAUGGAUGCAAACCCUUACGAACUUGCGAUUUAUGUUGGAGCAAAUUUGUUGUUUUAUACAUGAAACCUUGUUGGUUAAAGUGUCUUGAGUUGUCUGUGUAGCACAUAAUCCCUUCAUAGAGUGGCUGUGCGCUGUCAUCAAAGGAAAUGUUGAAGAAAUGAUGAACGUUAUUGUUACAAAAUUAUUGAAUGAAACUGGACAAUACUUUAUAUUUCGUUGGGGCAAAUUCGAGUUUGGAAGAAGUGUAGUCUCCAUGCAUGCUAAUGGAAGGUCCAAAGAGUAAUGUUCCCUUUGGUGUAGGGAAGAGAACAUUUAUCAAGCUAUUUGCUUGCUUUCGAAACUGGAAAAGUGUCUCUUCAUUUGUCGGUAGCCAAAUCAAAGCGAAGGAAGAUCAUUUGAUGCGUUUGUAUAUUUUCACGUAGUUUUAUGGUAGCGCAAAAUUCACUCACUACUCAACUGCCGACUGUAAGCGUAAGGUUGCCACUAUUUCCUCCUGCGUUUUAGGCUUCGGAAUCUAUUGAACUUAGGAAACAAACUGGUGAGUUGUUUUCAUCAGCAAUACAUUUUUUGACGAAUAGCUUUUGCUGGAAAGAAAUUUGCCCACCUACUAAAAUGCAAAGAUACAGGAAAUACCGUCGCAAACUUCCUUUUUUAAUGCCGGACUCUGUCUUUCUACACUGGCUGUUUAUUUUACAGAAAAAGGGUAGUUUUUUCCAAGUAUUUUGUUCGAUAGGUCACCAAACUAGAAAAAAAAAAUUCAGUUUGUGUAUGUGAGCCUCCUUAUCAUGUGUAAAACGCUAUAUAUAUAUGUGUGUGUGUGUGUGUGUGGGUAUAUAUAUAUAUAUGUAAAUAUUAUGAGAGGAAAAAAGGACGCAACUACAUUUCCCGACAAGCCUGUUUCGUGAAUCGCUUCACUCUUCAGGGGUUUAAUGUGUGUGUAUAUAUAUAUAUAUAUAUAAUAUGUAGGGAUGCGUAAUGCAAUCACGCGAAAUGGCCGUAAACGACAGAAAAACCUUUAAACUUUUAAACGGAAAAGGAGAGUCGUCAAGGCUAUGUACAAGCUUAUUUAUUUAGAGUGGCUUUUCCCAAGCUGCUCAUUGUAUGGAAAAGAGUCUUUUUAAGAGCCUUUUGCUCGAUUGCAAACUAAAAUCCGUUUACAUGGCGAUGAAAAUUUUUCUUACUGUGCGGAAAAAAAAAAGAACAAGGAAUCUUCUGUUCGCGUAUAUGGGCGUGCAUUUUUCGUGUAAAAUGAUGCACAGUAGGGAUGCAUAAUGCAGUGGUGCGAAUUGGCCUUGAAACAAACCAUUAGGAGAUGCUUCAUGAGGAAAGGAAAACAUUCCCUUGCUACAAUGAAUCUGUAGGCUCAAAUAAUAUGUUGUGGUCUAAUUAUUUUUGUUCAUUUGUUAUCAUGCAGGUGGAUCUACUAAACAUUUGCGUCGGCCAAAGGUGAAACGCCGUGAUGAAGAGUCGUCUCCGAGUGACGCCCUAGCUCCGAAGAAAAGAAAAACUCGUCUCGCAGGUAAAAUGAGGACAUAUCUAUGGGCGUGCCGUCAACUUCCACCCCUUAACCUCAUAGUUCUUCCCACGGCCUUUGUAAAAAAAAAAAUGCGCGGAUCCCAACCUAAUGGCAUGAAUAGAUGCGAUACACGCUACCUGCUAUUUUCUCAUCUUGAUGCUUUUGCUUGAUGUUUCAUUAGGAAAGGAAAAAGCUGCAUUGCUACAAUGAGUCUGUUAGCUCAAAUAAUCUUUUGGUCUAAUUAUUCUUUUUACAAUUUGUUAUCAUGCAGGUGGUUCUACCAAACAUUUGCGUUGGCCAAAGGUGAAACGCCGUGAUGAAGAGUCGUCUCCGAGUGACGCCUUAAUUUCGGAGAAAAGGAAAUCUCGUUCGGCAGGUAAAAUGAAGACAUAUCUCUGGGCGUGCUAGGUAACCUUCACUUCCCAAACCCAUCUUCCUUCCCCCUGCCUUUGUAAAAUGAAAAUGCGCGGAUCCAGCAAAAUGGCAUGAAUAGUUGCAAUACGUACUACUCGUUAUCGUCUCAUCUUGAUACUUUGCUGUGAUGUCUUUAUGUUUGUAGUCAAGCAUGAAGUUCCCAAGCGACGAAGAUUUAAAGUGGCUGUACCCAAGUUACUUAUUGUAUGGAAUAGGGUGUUGUAGAGCUUUUCGCUCGAUUGCAAACAAUAGAUAUAAAUGGUGUGUCACUAAAUCCAAUUACUUAGCGAUGACAAAUUUACUUACUGGCUGGGGAAAAAAAACCAUAUAUCUUCUGUUCGCGUAUGUAGGUGCGCAUUUUUCGUGUAAAAUGUUGCACAGUAGGGAUACAUAAUGCAGUGGCGCGAAUUGGCCUUGAAACAAAUUCAUCAGGAGAUGCUUCAUGAGGAAAGGAAAAAGCUCCCUUGCUACAAUGAAUCUGUGGGCUCAAAUAUUAUGUUCUGGUCUAAAUAUUUUUGUUCAUUUGUUAUCAUGCAGGUGGAUCUACUAAACAUUUGCGACGGCCAAAGGUGAAACGCCGUGAUGAAGAGUCGUCUCCGAGUGACGCCUUAACUCCGAAGAAAAGAAAAACUCGUCUCGCAGGUAAAGUGAGGACAUAUCUAUGGGCGUGCCGUCAACUUCCACCCCUUAACCCAAUAGUUCUUCCCACGGCCUUUGUAAAAUAAAAAUGCGUGGAUCCAGCAAAAUGGCAUGAAUAGAUACGAUACGCGCUACCUGCUAUCGUCUCAUCUUGAUGCUUUUGGUUGAUGUUUCAUUAGGAAAGGAAAAAGCUGCAUUGCUACAAUGAGUCUGUUAGCUCAAAUAAUGUGUUCUGGACUAAUUAUUCUUUUUACAAUUUGUUAUCAUGCAGGUGGUUCUACCAAACAUUUGCGUCGGCCAAAGGUGAAACGCCGUGAUGAAGAGAAGUCUCCGAGUGACUCCUUAAUUUCGGAGAAAAGAAAAUCUCGUUCGGCAGGUAAACUGAGGACAUAUCUCUGGGCGUGCUAGGUAACCUUCACUUCCAAAACCCAUCUUCCUUCCCCCUGCCUUUAUGAAAUGAAAAUGUGCGGAUCCAGCAAAAUGGCAUGAAUAGAUGCGAUACGUACUACUCGUUAUCGUCUCAUCUUGAUACUUUGCUGUGAUGUCUUUAUGUUUGUAGUCAAGCAUGAAGUUCCCAAGCGACGAAGAUUUAGAGUGGCUGUACCCAAGUUGCUUAUUGUUUAAAAAAAAGGGGUGUUGUAGAGCUUUCCGCUCGAUUGCAAACAAGAGAUAUAAAUAGUGUGUCACUAAAUCCAGUUACUUAGCGAUGACAAAUUUACUUACUGGCUGGGAAAAAAAACCAUAUAUCUUCUGUUCUCGUAUGUAGGUGCGCUUUUUUCGCGUAAAAUGAUGCACAGUAGGGAUGCAUAAUGCAGUGACGCGAAUUGGCCAUGAAACAAAUUCAUCAGGAGAUGCUUCAUGAGGAAAGGAAGAAGCUCCCAUGCUACAAUGAAUCUGUGGGCUCAAAUAUUAUGUUCUGGUCUAAUUAUUUUUGUUCAUUUGUUAUCAUGCAGGUAGAUCUACUAAACAUUUGCGUUGGCCAAAGGUGAAACGCCGUGAUGAAGAGUCGUCUCCGAGUGACGCCUUAACUCCGAAGAAAAGAAAAACUCGUCUCGCAGGUAAAAUGAGGACAUAUCUAUGGGCGUGCCGUCAACUUCCACCCCUUAACCCCAUACUUCUUCCCACGUCCUUUGUAAAAAAAAAAUGCGCGGAUCCCAAUCAAAUGGCAUGAAUAGAUGCGAUACACGCUACUUGCUAUCGUCUCAUCUUGAUGCUUUUGGUUGAUGUUUCAUUAGGAAAGGAAAAAGCUGCAUUGCUACAAUGAGUCUGUUAGCUCAAAUAAUGUGUUCUGGUCUCAUUUUUUUUUUACAAUUUGUUAUCAUGCAGGUGGUUCUACCAAACAUUUGCGUUGGCCAAAGGUGAAACGCCGUGAUGAAGAGUCGUCUCCGAGUGACGCCCUAACUCCGAAGAAAAGAAAAACUCGUCUCACAGGUAAAAGGAGGACAAUUCUAUGAGUGUGCCGUCAACUUCCACCCUCCUCAACCCCAUAGUUCUUCCUAAGGCCUUUGUAAAAUAAAAAUGCGCGGAUCCAGCAGAAUGGCAUGAAUAGAUGCGAUACGUACUACUCGUUAUGCUCUCAUCUUGAUACUUAGCUGUGAUGUCUUUAUGUUUGUAGUCAAGCAUGAAGUUCCCAAGCGACGAAGAUUUAGAGUGGCUGUACCCAAGUUGCUUAUUGUAUGGAAUAGGGUGUUGUAGAGCUUUUCGCUCGAUUGCAAACAAGAGAUAUAAAUGGUGUGUCACUAAAUCCAGUUACUUAGCGAUGACAUAUUUACUUACUGGCUGGGAAAAAAAGGCAUAUAUCUUCUGUUCGCGUAUGUAUGUAUGCGUAUGCGUACGAGGCACAGUAGGGAUGCAUAAUGCAGUGGCGCGAAUUGGCCUUGAAACAAAUUCAUCAAAAGAUGCUUCAUGAGGAAAGGAAAAAGCUCCCUUGCUACAAUGAAUCUGUGGGCUCAAAUAUUAUGUUCUGGUCUAAUUAUUUUUGUUCAUUUGUUAUCAUGCAGGUGGAUCUACUAAACAUUUGCGACGGCCAAAGGUGAAACGCCGUGAUGAAGAGUCGUCUCUGAGUGACCCCUUAACUCCGAAGAAAGGAAAAACUUGUUUGGCAGGUAGAAUGAGGGUAUAUCUAUAAGCGUAUCUGGUAACCCCAACCCCCCAAGCCCAUCUUCCUUCCCCCCUACCUUUGUAAAAUAAAAAUGUCUGGAUCCAGCAAAAUGGCAUGAAUAGAUGCAAUACAUACUACUCGCUAUCCCCUCAUCUUGACGCUUUGCUGUGAUGUCUUUAUGUUUGUAGUCAAGGAACGAGUUCCCAGUGACAAAGAUUUAGAGUGGCUUUACCCAAGUUGCUUAUUGUAUGGAAAAGAUUUUUUUUAAAGCUUUUCGCUCGAUCGCAAAGUAGAGAUAUAAAUGGUAUGUCACCAAAUCCGUUUACGUGGCGAUGACAGUUUUUGUUAUUAGCUGGAAAAAAAAAGAACAAGAAAUUCUCUGUUCUCGUAUGUGGGCGUGGAUUUUUUUGUGUUAAAUUAUGCACAGUAGGGUGGCAUAAUGCAAUGGCACGAAUUGGCCUGGAAACAAAUUCAUCAGGGGACGUUUUAUUAGAAAAGAAAAAAGCUCCAUUGCUACAAUAAAUCUGUUGGCUCAAAACAUCUGGUCUGAUGAUUUUUUUCUACAUUUGUAAUCAUGCAGGUGGUUCUACUAAACAUUUGGCUCGGCCAGAGGUGAAAGGCCGUGAGGAAGAGUCAUCUUCGAGUGACGCCUUAGCUCCGAAGAAAGGGAAAACUGGUUUGGCAGGUAGAAUGAGGGUAUAUCUAUAAGCGUACCUGGUAACCCCCACCCCCCCAACCCCAUCUUCCUUCCCCCUGCCUUUGUAAAAUAAAAAUGUGUGGAUCCAGCAGAAUGGCAUGAAUAGUUGCAAUACGUACUGCUCGCUAUCCCCUCAUCUUGACGCUUUGCUGUGAUGUCUUUAUGUUUGUAGUCAAGCAAGGAGUUUUCAGUGACGAAAAUUUAGAGUGGCUUUACCCAAGUUACUUAUUGUAUGGAAAAGAUUUUUUUAAAGAUUUCCGCUCGAUCGCAAAGUAGAGAUAUAAAUGGUAUGUCACCAAAUCCGUUUACGUGGCGAUGACAGUUUUCGUUACUAGCUGGGAAAAAAAACAAGAAAUCCUCUGUUCUCGUAUGUAGGCGUGGAUCUUUUUGUGUUAAAUUAUGCACAGUAGGGUUGCAUAAUGCUAUGGCACGAAUUUGCCUUGAAACAAAUUCAUCAGGUGACGUUUUAUUAGAAAAGGAAAAAGCUCCAUUGCUACAAUAAAUCUGUCGGCUCAAAUAAUAUUUUCUGGUCUAAUUAUUUUUUCGCAUUUGUUAUCAUGCAGGUUGUUCUACUAAGCAUUUUCUUCGGCCAAAGAUGAAACGCUGUCAUGAAGAGUUGUCUCCGAGUGAUGCCUCAACUCCAAUGGAAAGAGGUAAAGUGAGGACAUAUCUUUGGGCGUGCCUGUUAACCCCCACCUCCAACCCCAUCUUCCUUCCCCCUGCCUUUGUAAAAUAAAAAUGUGUGGAUCCAGCAAAAUGAUAUGAAUAGUUGCGAUACGUACAACUCGUUAUCCCCUCAUGUUGAUGCUUUGCUGUGAUGUCUUUAUUUUUGUAGUCAAGCAAGGAGUUCCCAGUGACGAAGAUUUAGAGAGGCUUUCGCAGAAACUCGAUAACUGGAAGACAGUCGGUCGUCGUCUUGAAAUUGAGGAGGCAAGAUUAACGGCGUUUGACAAUGAAAAUAGGGAAUGGUCUGAAAAAAUCUACAAAAUGUUAUUACAUUGGAAAGAGAGGAAUGGCUCAGCUGCAACAUACACGGUCCUACAUGAUGCAUUGUGUCAUUCAUUGGUUAAUCGCACAGAUUUAGCCGAGCAAUUUAUCACUGGUAAUAUAUCACUAAUCUUGCAAUUCAAUAAAAAUAAAAUUACCUAUAGUAUAGUGCCAAAUUCUCAGACACCAUGCUUUUUGGCCACUGUAUCUUUUAUGUACGUUUUUGACAGUGCCUCGAAACUGGAAAAGUGUCGCUUCAUUUGUCGGUAACCAAAUCAAAGCGAAGGAAGAUCAUUUGAUGCGUCUGUAUAUUUUCAUGUAGUUUUCUGGUAGCGCAAAAUUCACUCACUACUUAACUGCCAACCGUAAGCGUAAGGUUGCCAGUAUUUCCUCCUGCUUUUUAGGCUUUGGUAUCCAUUGAUCGUAAGAAACGAACUGGUGAGUUUUAUUUCAUCAGAGAUAAAUUUUUAGACGAAUACACAAACUUCCUAUUUUAACGACUAUGUCUUUCUACACUGGCUGUUUAUUUUACAAAAAGGAUGGUUAUUUCCAAUUAUUUUGCUCGAAUUUUAAAAAGACAAGUUAAGGAUAGGUCACCAAACUCGAAAAAAAAAUCAGUUUGUGUAUGUGGGCCUCCCUAUCACGUGUAAAACGAUAUAUAUAACAUGUAGGGAUGCGUAACGCAAUCGCACGAAAUGGUCCUAAACGAGGGAAAAACCUUGAAACUUUUAAGCAGAAAGUUUUCAUUUUUAAUGAAUGUCUUUUUUUUCCCGCCAAGUUGCUAAUUGUAUGGAAAAUAUUUUUUUCAAGCUUCUCGCUCGAUAUGCAAGAGAUAUAAAUGGUAGGUCACCAAAUCCGUUUACGUGCGAUGACAAUUUUUCGUCCUGGCAGAAUAAAAAGAACAAGAAAUCUUCUGUUCGCGUAUGUUGGCGCGCAUAUUUCGUGUAAAAUGAUGCACAUGACACAAAGUGGCCUUGAAACAAAUUCCUCGGGAGACGUGGUAUGAGGAAAGGAAAUAGCUCCUUUGCCACAAGGAAUCUGCUGGCUCAAAAAAAUCUGGUCUAAUUUUUUUUUUUGCAUUUGUGGACAUUUAGGUGAUUCUAGCAAACAUUUGCGUCGGCCAAAGGUGAAACGCCAUGAUGAAGAGUCGUCUCCAAAUGAUGCCUUAACUCCGAAGAAAGGAAAAACUCGUGUCGCAGGUAAAGUGAGGAGAUAUCUAUGGGUGUGCCCGUUAACCCCCCACCCCCCCCCCCCCUCCCUCACCCCAUCUUCCUUCUCCCUGCCUUUGUAAAAUGAAAAUGCAUGGGUCCAGCAAAAUGGCAUGAAUAGAUGCGAUACGUACUGCUCGCUAUCCCCUCAUCUUGAUGCUUCGCCGUGAUGUCUUUAUGUUUGUAGUCAAGCAAGGAGUUCCUAGUGACGAAGAUUUAGAGUGGCCUUACCCAAGUUGCUUGUCGUAUGGAAAAGAUUUUUUUAGAGCUUUUCGCUCGAUUGCAAACUAGAGAUAUGAAUGGUAUGUCACCAAAUCCGUUUAGGUGGUGAUGACAAUUUUUCUUAGUGGCUAGAAAAGAAAAAAAGAACAUGACAUAUGUUCGCGUAUGUGGAUGUGCAUUUCUCGUGCCCAAUGAUGCACAGAAGGGAUGCAUAAUGCAAUGGCAAAAAUUGGCCACAAUAAAUCUGUUGGCUCAAAUAAAAUGUUCUGUUCUAAUUAUUUUUUUACAUUCGUUAUCAUGCAGGUGGUUCAACUAAACAUUCGCCUCGGCCAAAGGUGAAAGGCCGUGAUGAAGAGUCGUCUCCGAGUGACGCCUCAAUCCCAAAGGAAAGAGGUAAAAUGAGGACAUGUCUAUGGGCGUGCCCGCUAACCCCCACCCCCUAACCCCAUCAUCCUUCACCCUGCCUUUGUAAAAUAAAUAUGCGUGGAUCCAGCAAGUGGCAUGAAUAGAUGCAAUACGUACUACUCGCUAUCCCCUCAUCUUGAUGCUUUGCUGUGAUAUCUUUAUUUUUGUUGUCAAGCAAGGAGUUCCUAGUAACGAAGAUUUAGAGUGGCCUUACCCAAGUUGCUUACUGUAUGGAAAAGAGUUUUUUAGAACUUUUCGCUCGAUCGCAAAGUUGAGAUAUAAAUGGUAGGUCACCAAAUCCGUUUACACGGCGAUGACAAUUUUUCUUACUGGCUGGAAAAAAAACAAAAAGAAAAAAAAAAGAAAUCUUCUAGUCGCGUAUGUGGGCGUGUAUAUUUUUGUGUCAAAUGAUGCAAAGUAGGGUUGCAUAAUUCAGUGGUACGAAUUGGCCUUGAAACAAAUUCAUCAGGAGACGUUUUAUUAGGAAAGGAAAAAGCUCCAUUGCUGCAAUAAAUCUGUUGGCUCAAAUAAUAUGUUCUGGUCUAAUUAUCUUUUUACAUUUGUUACCAUGCAGGUGGUUCUACUAAACAUUUGCCUCCGCCAAAGGUGAAACGCCGUUAUGAAGAGUCGUCUCCGAGUGACGCCUUGACUCCAAAGAAAAGAGGUAAAAUGAGGACAUGUCUAUGGGCGUGCCCGUUAACCCCCAACCCCCAACCCCAUCUUCCUUCCCCCUGCCUUUGUAAAAUAAAUAUGCGUGGAUCCAGCAAAAUGGCACGAAUAGAUGUAAUACGUACUACUCGCUAUCCUCUCAUCUUGAUACUUCGCUGUGAUGUCUUUAUGUCUGUGGUCAAGCAAGGAGUUCCCAGCGACGAAGAUUUAGUAAGGCUUUCGCAGAAACUCGAAAAAUGGAAGACAGUCGGGCGUCCUUUCAAAAUUGUGGAAGCAUGAUUAACGGCGUUUGACAAUGAAAAUAGGGAAUAGUCUGAAAAAUCUUCAAAAGGUUGUUACAUUGGAAAGAGAGGGAAGGCUCAGCUGCAACAUACUCAUAAGACACAUAGAAUCUCCCGCCUUACCCCUCCCCUCCUUUUAGCUCAACCCCCAUUUUAUAAACCACACACAACCCAAUCAGUCCAACGAAGGGCUAACGCUUGAAAUAUUAGCUUUUGAAACUCAUUGGUACUACAAUAUUUGAGAUUUCCCUUUUUGUUCGUCUUAAUAAUAAGAACAAACAAAUAUAUUCAGAACAAAUCAAUAUAUUUUUUUAAAGAUUUGUGUGUAGUGUAACAAACAAUAGCCUCGAUUAACGAUCGCUGUUCGUGAAAUGAGCCCGCGCUUCUCCCCUUGACGGGACGAUCGGGGACUGUACUCGAGAAUUAAGCACAAAUCAAAAAAACAAAAAACCGCAGUGACGAGAUAGUGAAAAUGUGAAUAUUUACCUUCGGAAUUAAAGAGUGACGUUGUCAAAGUUACAAAUUACAGUUGGCGAGAAAUAUUCUCCUCACUGUUUAAAAACCCUGCUCAAGUAAUGUUCUUUUCGAUGUAGGAGGUAGACAAUUUUUAACAAGCUAUUUGCUUUUUGUCUACAGACUCGUCUGUAACGGAAUUUUUGGAAUGGUGCCAGAAACAGUUGAGGACGUUUUACACUGGCACCAUGUGUGAAGUGAAAAUAACACCAUGGAACCCAGACGAUACGAUACACAUUAAUGACAUUUACAUACAGUUAACAUUUUUACGAGACAACAGGAAACCUGACGGGACAACGAAAAAAAAGCUGGGAGACAGCAGUGAAGUAUUUGAAGGUGACGAACAUCAUCCCAUGCGUAGACGAAUUCUGGUGUAUGGAAGACCUGGAAUAGGAAAGUCUACUUUCACUCAAAAAGUAGCUGUGGAUUGGGCAAAUGGCGAAAAGGAGAUCCUCAAAAAGUUUGCCCUUUUACUGUUGAUCAGGUUACGAGACGUUUGUGAUAGUCGGGACGUCUGUGCCAUGUUGGAAACCGCUAAACUGUUGUCUGCUGAUGAACCGAAGGCAGUCGAUAACUUGUAUGAAUAUGUCCGUCAGAACCAGGAGAAAGUGCUGCUCAUUUUGGAUGGAUAUGAUGAGUACAGCGGUGGAAAAUCAUCCUUAAUUCAUCAGAUUUGGAGAGGCGAUCAACUGAGACUCUGUUGUGUAAUGAUCACAACACGACCAGUGAAAGAGGAUGAGCUUAGAGUGCCAAGUGACGCCUUGUUUGAACUUAACGGGUUCGAUAGCUUGGAACAGAAGGAACAGUUUGCAAGAAAGAUUCUUCCUGAUGAGGAGGACGUUAAAGGGCUACUUGAAUACCUGAAGGAGUAUGAUCUCGUGAAGAUGGCAGAGAUUCCGCUACUAUUGUUGAUGUUGUGUCUUCUGUGGAAAAAGAAAAAGCAUCAGUUACCAACAUCUCGUGCGGAAAUUUACGUAGAAUUUAUUCGGACUCUCUUGGAUCAUAUGGCUACUAAAGACUCAGAAAACGUCGCAACAGAUAAAAGCAUAGAAGAAUAUCAAGAGGAACUUUGCAAAAUAGGAAAACUUGCACUCGAUGCUCUUUUGGAGGACCGCCUGUAUUUUAACUUCAGUAAAUUUCUGCGUGGUGAUCUCUUCGAGAAGCUUAUUCAUGUCGGGUUUUUCCAAGUUUCGAAACGUUCCGCCUUGAAUCGUGAGAAGAUCGUGUAUUUUCUUCACAAGUCCGUUCAGGAGUUUCUUGCCGCCUGGUUCAUCGUUCAAGAAGUGAAGGUCAAGAAGAAUGAAACUGUCACCUGCCUGUUAAGAAUGGAUACGUUUGAAAAAUCAAGGAAGAUGGCUGAAGUUCUGAAAUUCGUUUGUGAGUUGUCAUCAGAUGCUGUCGGCAUUGUUUUUGAUCAUCUACGUUAUGUCGGAGAGAAAGAAGGUCUCACAAAUUACAAUUUCACUAGGACGCCUUCUGUUCAUGAUUUGUCAGGUGAACAAUACGGGUUUAUUCUACUCUGUGUCGAUUGUUUGUUCUGUUGUCCAGCCUCAGGCAGACUAGCUGUGUAUUCUGUAUUUCUCUCAUGUGUUAACCAUGUUGUAAUACUUAAUCGGAAACACUCGUCUAUUGCUGCCAAAACGCAAUUCUUCAAAUACACCACCAGCUUCCCCAACUAUUUAUUUCAUUCACGUUGGGAGAUUAAGUUUGAUGAUUUUCUAUCCACAUUGUUUGACUUGAACGCGGUCGUUUUAACGUGCUCUGGAAAAAUUGAAGAUUUAAAAAAAUACGCCGAUUUAUGCGAUGCGGACUUUUUCCUCGAAAAAAGCGAAAAGAGAAACUUUAUUUAUCUACAUCGCAUAACAGAAACUGUUCUUCGUUCUAAACUUUUUCAUGAACUGAUAUCAACACCGGUUUGUUCUUCUCAGCCACCUGUGGAUAAUCUGGGAAAGAAUGAAGACAACAACAUUGCGCUGUCUUUGACUGAGAACAGAUCUUACCAGACAGAACAACAUUGUUUGUCACUGGUGAGAGAGGUUCAGUUACGUAACACAACAGUUGAGGAUUUUGUUCUGUUGAAGAACUUGUUGCCUUUAUUAACAGCUCCUCGAGAUAUUUUUUUAUGGAGGAUGAUGAAAAAUGCCUUGGAAGUUAAUUCGAUUGAGAGCGUGAUUCACAGAAUUAAUUUUACUGACAAUCUCCACAGUUUAGAACUUUAUGGUAUCAAUCUAACAGAAAAGUGUGCUGCUUUUAUUGCUGAGUCACUGCACCACUCUCCAAACUUGCAUGAGCUCUGCUUGUCAUGGAACCCCUUACACAGCGGUGUGAGUCAUUUGGCUGAGAAUCUUCAUCACGUGCCACAGUUGACUAUUUUAGAGUUAGAUCAUGUACAAAUGGGAGAAAAGGAAUGUGCUGCACUGGCUGCCUCAUUACAGUACUUAAACAAGUUAAAAAAACUGCAUAUGGCAAGCAAUGCACUGGGUCACGGGAUCAUUGAACUGGCCAAGAACCUGAACAGUGUACCCAAUCUGACUUGGCUGGACCUGUCGGAUACAAAUAUGGGUGAAGAUGAAGCAUCAGCACUGGCUCGUGCACUUAAGGAUGUACCAGAGCUGAGCGAUCUUGAUAUGACUUUCAAUGCACUGGGUCACGGGAUCAUUGAACUAGCCAAGAACCUGAACAGUGUACCCAAUCUGACUAAGCUGAACCUGUCGAGUACAAAUAUGGGUGAAGAUGAAGCAUCAGCACUGGCUCGUGCACUUAAGGAUGUACCAGAGCUGAGCAAUCUUACUCUAGCGUGGAAUCCACUCGGCAGAGGAGUCAGGGACCUGGUCCAGCAUCUCAGCAGUGUUCCUAAGCUGAGUUUCCUGUCCCUGAGUGGUUUUCAGAUGACAAAGACAGAGAUUGAAGAGUUGUGUACAGCAGUAAAAGGGAGAGGCAUCACUUUGGUCACUGAUUACCAUGUA